GGGGAGUGGCCUGAGGACAGCAUAACUAACCAGUCAGGGGUUCAGAGCAAACUUCCGGGAUACUGUCUCCAUGAGCUAAGUAAGGAGGCGUUAUUGAGACGACUUGAGCUGAGGGCUCCACACUCUGUGGCUCCUCUUCUACAUCUUACAAGGAAUCUAAUCCAUCAUGAAAUUUAUAUUCUGCUUGUGCAUCCUUGCUGGCACAUCUUCCUUCACUCACUCAUCUGUGCAGAAAGAAGAUCCUGCUCCCUACUUGGUGUAUCUCAAAUCUCACUUCAACCCCUGUGUCGGGGUUCUCAUCAAACCCAGCUGGGUGCUGGCCCCAGCUCACUGCUACCUACCAAACCUGAAAGUCAUGCUGGGAAAUUUCAAGAGCAGAAUCAGAGACGGCACAGAGCAGACAAUUAACCCUAUCCAGAUUGUCCGCUACUGGAACUUAACUGACACCUCCCCCCAGGAUGACCUUAUGCUCAUUAAACUAGCCAAGCCUGCCACUCUUAAUCACAAAGUCCAGCCCAUCGCCCUGGCUACCAGCAAUGUCCGGCCAGGCACCAUCUGCCUGCUCUCGGGUUUGGACUGGAGCCAGGAGAACAACGGCAGACAUCCUGACCUGCGACAGAACAUAGAGGCCCCCACCAUGUCUGAUAGAGAGUGCCAGCAAACCGAACAAGGGAAAAGCCACCGCAACUCUCUAUGCGUUAAAUUUAUCAAAGUAUUCAGCAGGCUUUUUGGGGAGGUGGCUGUCGCUACUGUCCUCUGCAAAAACAAACUGCAGGGAAUUGAGGUGGGUCACUUCAUGGGAGGGGACGUCGGCAUCUACACCAAUGUUUACAAAUACGUGUCCUGGAUUGAGAACAUCACUAAGGACAAGGAAAAGUGAGACUUCGCUUCCGCCUCUCGUGCCCCGCCAGCUCUGCCUUUCCACUAUUUGUAGAGGCUCAUAUUCUCCCUAACCUCAAAAUAAAAUCUCCAAAUCAAAUCUCUGGGUACA